AACAUGUUAACCAAGUCAUUAGACAUUCACAACUCGUGGUGAUCACUUCGGUAAUUGUACGGAGUGAUUAAACAAACUUUUAAAUUUUAUUGUUUACAUUUUUUGGAUUUAAUUGUGAACUUAAAUGGUCACCAUGAGCAGCGAAGCUCAACGUCUGAUGGCUUUGUCUCUUGGGAAGAUUGCUGCUUCUAGACAGCAACGUGGGGGCAUUAACCUACACAAGAACUUGCUUGUCGCCAGUGUGUUACAUAAAGCCAGGACUGCUUACAUGAUGGAGAAUUUACAAACUGUGCUUGCAAACAGGAGAGCGCAGGCGGAGGCGAAGGAGCAGGCCAAGAAAGAACAGAGACUUCAGAUAAGUACGUCUUCAGAAAAUACUACGAAUUCUAAAGAUAGCAGUACGCGUGACGCUUCAGUCGAGGUCAAAAGGUUGAGAGUUGAAAACGGAACACCCAUUCAUGAAGACAAAGAAAAUUCGCCUCCUACCAAAUGCUUACGGGUAGAAAACGCCAAAAUUGAGUCUGAGAAACCAUCGGAACGAGCGGAACCUUGCCAAGAAAAAAUCGAAGCGAAUAAGCAAGUUGCGCCAUUGGCGGAUGCAGGUCAUCGUACUGAGGAGAAAGAGGUCACGGAUUACGUCAGCAAACCUACACAAAACUGUACUAGGUGCGCUUCUAAGCGGAGGCGUUCCCUUGAAAAUGUGUCCGAUUCUGACAGUUGUGUUUUGGCCAAAAAAGCUAAAAUGGAAAAUGGACCAAUUAACGAAGUGAAUUCUGACAAUUCAGUUGAAAACAUGCAAACUGAACCUUCUCAAAUUACGAAUCUCGUCAGCAUAUUCAGCACAGGAUUCGAUGGUCUUUGUGAAGACUCAUCGAAAGAAAGUGAAACAAUGGACUCCAACAACAAUGAAAAAACAUUUACUGCGAGUGAAAAUUUAUUCUACGCAGUUCAAUCGAUAAAUGGAUUUACAAUAAAAGACAAUGGCGUCUCCACGUGCAGCACGGAGGUCAUUGACAACAGUCGUGACUCGAUCUCUAUGGCAACACCGAUUGCAUUGACCGUGUGAACUCUUCGUCCUGUGGGCGGAACAGAUUGUGACAAUAAACACUGCCUAUUUAUUGGUAAUUACUCAAUUGUCCACUUUCUGCAAACAAAUCGCUCAAGGGCUACCGUUCCGCCGUUACGGUUCACUUGCCACAAAUAGCAGACUGUGUUCAUGCAUCGUUGACCUUUUGGUGCCGAAGCAUUUGCUGAUGAUUCAGGCCCAGGCUGACUCGCGGCACCACGCAGGGGAUUGUAUCAAUUCACGUUGUGAAGAGUAAACAGAUGAGUGACGCGACCUAUUGAUAAUACAGAUUACAAAUCAACAGCUCGCAUACCAAUGACUAUUUAUUUAUUUAUAAAUCUUUUAUCAGAUUUAUUUUUAUUGUGAAACACAAACUUUAUCAUUAUGCAAUGAAAUUGCAAUGCAAAUUUCAUGUACAUUUAUUUGCCACAUGUGAUCUCAGAGAAAUCAAAUCGCUGUAUUUAACUGAUAGGGAGCAAAAUUAUUCAUUUUUAUUUCUUUUUUGGAGAAAUUUUAUAUUUAAACGAAAUAUGAAAUCGACCAAAGCUUCAAAUAUCAUCACUGUCAUGAUGGAUGAAUUUUAAAGCGAUGACGAGAUUUUUUUUUUUAUGGAUGACUGGUUCAUCCUUGUGGGACAAUGAAUGUAAGGCGAGAGAAAGCGUGACUUUUACCGGAAGUGUGUAUUAGUGCUGUGAAUCAUUAAAUCACUGUAUAUAUGAAUUGUAAACAAGUGAAUAUGCAACUGGUUUGUGAGAUAUUUUAAUGUUAUAUAUUUAUUGAACAAUGUCGAAAAAUUGUGAAAAAACCCCAAAAAAUCAAUUAAAAAUUCAAAGAAUUAA